UCCGGACGCGGGGAGCUUUCCGCUGAUGAGCGAAGGUGAUGGCGCCAUUUCUGUGGCGCAUGCGUAUCGCUGGGAUCGUGAUGUAUGGACAGGUUCGAAGGGGCAUGGGAAUGUCAAACACAUUGGCUCUUCUGUGUUUGUCCGGAUAUCUAAGGAGUGACCGGACAUUUUGUUUGUAACACCAAUACUUCUGUUGGUCCUUGGAUAUGAAGAUGUAUCUCAUCCCAGCUGGGAAUACACUUCGUAUCUGAAAAGAUGUGAAGUUUCUUGUUUCAACUCAAUGAAAUCCACUGGAACUGUGGUGCUGAGAACACGCCAGCAUUUGUUCACUGGAGAGCAGGUCUUCAAAUGCAUUGAUAGUGCGAGGAAUUCACCAUCUGACAUCUGACUUGAUGAAUUGCCAGAAAGUUGACAGCAAGGAGACAUCAUUCCCUUUUUCUUAGUGUGGGAAGGGACUAACUCACUCAACGAUCUGUAGAUUCACCAGUGAGUUCACAAGGGAGAGAGACAGUCCAAUUGUGUAUGGGAUUAGCUCCACUCAGUCAUCUGAUCUUUUGACACACAAGGGAGAGGCUGUAUAUCUGCUCUGAAUGUGGGAAAGGGUUCACGCAGUCAUCCCACCUACAAACACACUGGUCAGUUCACAUUGGGGGAGAGGCCACUCACCUGCUCCGUGUGCGGGAGGGGAUAUACUCAGUCAUCCAGGCUGACUGAGCCUGACUGCGGGAAGCGAUUCACUCUGUCGGUCAAGCUGAGGAGAUGCGAGAAAAUUCACACCAGUGAGCCAGUCCACCUGCUCCUACUGUGGAAGGAGAUUCACUCACUCACCUCUCCGCAGACAAGCACAAAUGUGAGAGACUUCAACUUUUUUCAGUCACCUGAUGUGCUGACACAGAGAGAGAGAAAGAGAGAGAGAGAGACCGUGGAGAAGCAUUCCUCAGUAAUGCCACCUACAAACACACUACUCAGCUCACACUGGAGAGAGGCUGUUCUUCUCUGAAUGUGGCAAGGGAUGCACUCAGAAAUUUAACCUACAGUGACACCAGGCAGAUCACCCCAGGGAGAGGCUAUUCACCUGCUCAGACUCGAAGAAGGGAUUUACUUGGUCUUACCGCACACUGAACCACCAGCCAGUUAACUCUGGAGAAAUGCCGCUCACCUGCUCAGACUGUGGGAAGGGUUUUCCUCACCCAUCUCAUCUGCAAAGGCACCAGCGUGUUCACACAGGUGAGAGGCCUUUCACCUGUUCAGAAUGUGGGAAGGCAUUCACUCAGUCGUCCAACCUACAGAAACACCAGUCGCUUCACACUGGGGAGAGGCCGUUCACCUGCUCACAUUGUGGGAAGGGAUUCACUCGGUCGUCUGACCUACUGACUCACCAGUCAGUUCACACUGGAGAGAGGCCGUACACCUGUUUAGAUUGUGGGAAAGGAUUUACUGAGUCGUCUCAACUGAAGGUACAUCAGCGAAUUCACACUGGGGAGAAACCAUUCGCCUGCUCUGAAUGUGGGAAGGCAUUUAGUCAGUCAUCCAACCUACGGAAACACCAGUCAGUUCACACUGGGGAGAGACCGUUCACCUGCUUAGAGUGUGGAAAAGGAUUUACUCGGUCAAAUGAUCUCCUGGCACACCAGUCGGUUCACACCGGGAAGAUGCCGUUCACCUGCUCGGACUGCGGGAAGGGAUUCACUCGGUCAUCUGACCUGUUGGCACACCAGUCCGUUCACACCGGGGAGAUGCCGUUCAUCUGCUCAGACUGUGGGAAGGGAUUUCCUCGGUCGUCUCAACUGAAGGUACAUCAGCAAGUGCACACUGGGGAGAGGCCAUUCACCUGCUCUGAAUGUGGGAAGGGAUUCACGCAGUCAUCCAACCUGCAGACUCACCAGCGAGUUCACAGAGGAGAGAGGCCAUUCACCUGCUCAGACUGUGGGAAGGGAUUCACUCGGUCAUCUGACCUACUAGCACACCAGUUAGUUCACACUGGGGAGAGACCGUUCACCUGCUCAGUGUGUGGGAAGAGAUUUACUCACUCAUUUCAGCUGAAGGUGCAUCAGCGAGUUCACACUGGGGAGAGGCCGUACACCUGCUCUGAAUGUGGGAAGGGAUUCACCACGUCAUCUAACCUACAGACUCAUCAGCGAAUUCACACUGGGGAGAGACCGUUUACCUGCUCUGAAUGUGGGAAGGGAUUCACUCGGUCAUCUGAUCUACUGGCACACAAGUCAGUUCACACUGGGGAGAAACCGUUUGCCUGCUCAGACUGUGGGAAGGGAUUUACUCAGUCAUUUCAGCUGAAGGUACAUCAGCGGGUUCACACCGGGGAGAGACCGUACGUCUGCUCUGAAUGUGGGAAGGGAUUCACUCUGUCGUCCAACCUGAUAAGACACCAGAGGGGUCACAGGCGAAUUCACACGGGGGAGAGGCCGUUCACCUGCUCAGAAUGUGGGAAGGCGUUCGCUCAGUCAUCCAAUCUACUGACACAUCAGCGAGUUCACAGUGGAAAGAUGAUAUUCACCUGCUCAGACUGUGGGAAGGGGUUCACUCGAUCAUCUGAUCUCCUGGCACACCGGUCAGUUCACACUGGGGAGAUGCCAUUCACCUGUCUGGUGUGUGGGAAGGGAUUUCCUCGAUCGUCUCAAAUGAAGGUACACCGGCGAGUCCACACCGGGGAGAAGCCGUUCACCUGCUCAGAUUGUGGGAAGGCAUUCAGUCAGUCGUCCAACCUACAGACACAUCAGCGAGUUCACACCGGAAAGAUGGCAUUUACCUGCUCAGACUGUGGGAAGGGAUUCACUCGAUCAUCUCAUCUCCUGGCACACCGGUCAGUCCACACUGGGGAGAGGCCGUUCACCUGUUCAGAUUGUGGGAAGGGAUUUUCACGGUCGUCUCAACUGACAGUACAUCAGCGAGUUCACAGAGGAGAGAGGCCAUUCAUCUGCUCUGAAUGUGGGAAGGGAUUCACUGGGUCAUCUCAACUACUAGCACACCAGUUAGUUCACACUGGGGAGAGACCGUUCAGCUGCUCAGUGUGUGGGAAGAGAUUUACUCACUCAUUUGAUCUGAAGGUACACCAGCGAGUUCACACUGGGGAGAGGCCGUACGUCUGCUCGGACUGUGGGAAGGGAUUCACCACGUCAUCCAACUUAAAGACACAUCAGCGAGUUCACACUGGGGAGAGACCAUACGUCUGCUCUGAAUGUGGAAAGGGAUUCACACAGUCAACCAAGCUACAGACACAUCAGCGAGUUCACAGAGGAGAGAGGCCAUUCAGCUGCUCAGACUGUGGGAGGAGAUUUACUCAGUCAUCUCAACUGAAAGUACAUCAGCGAGUUCACACUGGGGAGAGGCCGUUCACCUGCUCUGAAUGUGGGAAGGGAUUCACCACGUCAUUUGAACUGAAGCUUCAUCAGCGAGCUCACACCGGGGAGAGGCCGUACGUCUGCGCUGAAUGUGGGAAGGGAUUCACUCUGUCGUCCAACCUGAUAAGGCACCAGAAAGUUCACAGGGUUGAGGGGUCGUUCAACUCUUCAGUGUCUGGGAAAUGAGUCACUCACUCUCCCAACCUCGGAGGUGAGUGAACACCACCGAGUUCACACUGGGGAAGAAGUUUAAACAAGCUGCAAAUGUUACAGUUGCUGUAUCUGGAGGUAAGUUCAAAUGGGACAGGGGUGUUUGAACCUUCCUCUGGUUGUCGAACUCUGCCAUUAUUGCUGCUGCUCAGCACACCCAAUGCCCCACCCAGCUCACUGGAAAUGGGAGGAGUUUCCUCUGCUGAUGUUCACCUGUAAUGGGGCUGGAGUUUAAUAUUCUGCAUCUGUGACUAAUAAUUAAAUUCUAUUUUAAACUCUGUCUCAGGUGCUCAGUGAAUCUACGGCAUACACAGUGAACAGUGGGGAGUCAAUUCAGCCCAGCUGGUCCUGAUAGUGUUUCUGUUCCGCGACAGCCCUUUUAACUCCAUCCCUGCUGUUCACUCUCCCUGUGGCAUAUCUAGAUAGCAGUGAUAGGAUUGGGCCGAGCCAGCAAGGAUUUUCUAAGGGUAAAUCAUGCUUGACUAAUCUGUUGGAGUUUUUCGAGGAUGUAACCAGGAAGUUAGACGGGGGAGAUCCAGUGGGUGUAGUUUACCUCGAUUUUCAGAAGGCAUUUGAUAAGGUCCCACAUAGGAGAUUGGUGGGUAAAAUCAAAGCUCAGGGCAUCGGGGGGGAGACAUUGACAUGGAUAGAAAACUGGUUGGCAGAUAGAAAGCAAAGGGUAGCGGUGAAUGGGUGUUUCUCGGAAUGGCAGGUGGUGACUAGUGGGGUGCCACAGGGCUCGGUAUUGGGACCACAGCUGUUUACAAUUUACGUCAACGAUUUAGAUGAAGGCAUUGAGAAUAACAUCAGCAAAUUUGCUGAUGAUACUAAGCUGGGUGGCAGUGUGACAUGUGAUGAGGAUGUUAGGAGAAUUCAGGGUGACUUGGAUAGGCUGGGUGAGUGGGCAGAUACUUGGCAGAUGGCGUUUAAUGUGAAUAAGUGUGAGGUUAUCCACUUUGGGAGUAAGAACAGGAAGGCAGGUUAUUUGAACGGUGUAGAGUGAGGUAAGGGAGAAAUACAAAGAGAUCUAGGAGUCCUUGUUCAUCAGUCACUGAAGGUGAAUGAGCAAGUGCAGCAGGCAGUGAAGAAGUCUAAUGGAAUGUUGGCCUUUAUUACAAAGGGAAUUGAGUACAAGAGCAAGGAAAUCCUCUUGCAUUUCUACAGAGCCCUGGUGAGACCACACCUGGAGUAUUGUGUACAGUUUUGGUCUCCAGGGUUAAGAAAGGACAUCCUGGCUGUCGAGGAAGUGCAGCGUAGAUUCACAAGGUUAAUUCCUGGGAUGUCUGGACUGUCUUAUGUAGAGAGGUUAGAGAGACUGGGCUUGUACACGCUGGAAUUAAGGAGAUUGAGAAGGGAUCUGAUUGAAACAUAUAAGAUUAUCAAGGGAUUGGACAAGAUAGAGGCAGGAAAUAUGUUCCAGAUGCUGGGAGAGUCCAGUACCAGAGGGCAUGGAUUGAGAAUAAGGGGUAGGUCAUUUAGGACAGAGUUAAGGAAAAACUUCUUCUCCCAGAGAGUUGUGGGGGUCUGGAAUGCACUGCCUCGGAAGGUAGUGGAGGCCAAUUCUCUGGAUGCUUUCAAGAAGGAAGUAGAUAGGUAUCUUAUGGAUAGGGGAAUCAAGGGAUAUGGGGACAAGGCAGGAACUGGGUAUUGAUAGUAGAUGAUCAGCCAUGAUCUCAAGAUGGCGGUGCAGGCUUGAAGGGCCGAAUGGUCUACAAUUGUCUAUUGUCACGGGUUCCAUUCGGUUAUGUCUCCUGUGUUCUUUGUCCCUUAAAUCUCUGGAUCGAGGGAGAAUGACAUUGGUUGUUAACCUCCUUAUUCCUGGAGCUUCAGAGUUUACUGUGACUGCAAGUUGUGUGCGCAGGUGCCAAGAGUCUAAAGUUGUGUCAGAAUGCACAAGGUGGACAACAGAUCGCCUACAGACACAUCGCUCUGCAGCAUCUCCUACGAUGACCCUUUUCCAUGCAGCACAACGCCGGAUUUGUCUGGUUGCUUUGUGGAAGAUCCCAGCUGUCCUGUUGUUAGCUAAAAGCAUAAUUGAACAUUAAGACUGGGCAUGCUGUUGCCUGAUUCCGAUUGGUCGGCAUUGGUUGAAAGACACCUUUGAACCAUCUGUGGGCUGCCUCCACUUUUCUCCAAUCAGGACGCUCGGCUUUGCACUGAUUGGAGGAGGGGUGAAGUGAAAAACUAGCGUGCGAGGUGGAGUGCCAGCCAGACACAAGUCAGUGACAGUGGGAAGAGAGAGUAAGGGAGCAGUGGGUGGGAGUCAGUGAGGGCACAGGGAGAGGUAGUGAGCAGCGAGUGGGAACUGAGAGGCAGACAGCAAGGGGCAAGAGAGGGGUAGUGAGGACAGAUAAUGAAGGGUCAGUGAGAGAUUACAUUAGGACAAUAACAGAGGGAUAAUAAGGGAGAGACAUUGAGGUGGGUGAGAGAUACAAUGGGAGAGAGGGGCAGUGAAAAGAAACAUAGUGAAAUUAACUGGUGAGCAGAGAGACGGUGAAAGGGAUGAUGAGGGAGAGGUUGGCUGUGAGACUGAGAGAAGAGGACAAUGCAGGCACAUGUCAGUCUCCACCCAGUUAAUAAGAUUCACCCGCCUCUCGUUCCAAACCCAUCACCUGCAGCCUAUUUAACCCCAGUUCUCACCCACAGUGCUUGUUUACUCCUCAAUCCAGUCAGCCUCAACCAGUUGCUCCGAGCUUUCCCUCUCCAUCCUGAAAGUUUACCUUGAUGCCUGCCCUGUUAUUUCCAGUUUUGUUCACCACUGAAUCAUCACUGCUAUUGGGUCAAGCCACCUCUACAUUUCUUGACAGGAUGAGUGAAGUAUAGUUGGCUAGAGUUUAAACUAAUUCGGCAGGGGGUGGGAACCAGAGUAAUAGUGCUGAAGAUGAGGUAGUUGGUUUACAAACAGAGGCAAUGUGAUAGUAAGGCUCCUAGCAAGUAGAGGCCAAUGAUAGGGAAAAUCUUGCAGUCAACAGGAUGAAUUGCAAAGUAAAAGGUGGACAAGAUUGAAUAGGGUAAAUACAGGGCUGAAGGUGUUAUUAUGAAGGCGAAUUGUAAGGAUGGAGCUCCCAGGACUGGACACCAUCUACUCCAGCAACCUCGGGAGGAAAGCAGUCAGCAUGUCCAGAGACAUCACACACCCUGGCCACUCCCUAUUUGACCCGCUGCCGUCCAGCAAAAGGUUCGGGACAAUAAAAAACAGAACAAAUAGACUGAGGAACAGCUUCUACCCCAGAGCUGUGGCCUCCAUCACACCACUCCCACAGAACAGUGACUGAAACUGUGAGCACACACAGGGACUCAAAUACUUGCAUUAACGGCACUUUGUGCAUUACUGUGAUAUUCUGGCGCUGCUGCAACUUAUUUUCUGCUACUUAUUAACUUAAUACUGUUUUUCUAUUACUGGCUUGUUUUGAUCUACUGCUCUAUUUAGUUGCCUGAGAGGACGCCAGAGUUUCAUUGUACCUAUGUAUAAUGACAAUAAAGAUCAUUCAAUUCAAUUCAAUUCAAUAUUUAAAUGCGCACAGUAUCUGGAAUAAGGUAGAUGAACUUGAAGCACAGUUACUGAUUGGCAGGUGUGAUGUUGUAGGUAUUACUGAAUAUGGCUGAAAGAAGAGUAUAGCUAUGAUCUUAAUGUCCAAGGAUACACAUUGCAUCAAAAGCACAGACAGAAAGGCGGCGGGGAGGUGUUGCUCUUUUCGGUUAAAAAAAAAUGAAGUCAAAGCAAUGAAAGAGGUGACAUGGGGUCAGAAGGUGUUGAAUCAUUGCGGAUAAAGCUAAGGAACUGCAAGGGUACAAAGACCUUGAUGGGACAUAAACAGACCCCCAAAAAGUAGUAAGGAUGUGGUCUACAAAGUACAACAGGAGAUAGGAAAUGCACGUUGAAAGGACAAUGUUAUAAUAGUUACGGGGGAUUUCAGUAUGCAGGUAGAU